CUAAACCCGGCUUGGCUUGUGAUGUGGCGUCGCGUCGCGUACUCUGAUUACUCUGACCGUUGGCUGCGCUGAUCGCGGCUACUGGUAGUGCGCGUUUGGCUGCGAGGUGUGCGAGGUGCGUACCUGAUCGCGAAUAAAACUAAUCGCUUUCGGCAACGAGUUGACAAUUCGUCCGUGUGUUCUUCCCUCUUUUUCUCCACCCUCGGUGGGGUUUUUGGUUUUGAAACUUGGAAUCGGUUAAUCGCGACGCAUAACCGGAGACUGCGCGCGAGGGAGAGGCCACGUUGUUCGCAACCGUUCUCCAACAACAAAGAUGUCGACAAAAUCGAGCAAGAAGACAGCGGCGGCGGCUGCGGCCGCGGCCGCCGCGUCCUCCGCGGCGACCGCCGCCUCGUCUUCGUCGAGUAGCAUUCAAUCGCCGCCGAGUACGUCGACGCCGAUCGUCGGCCGACGACCCGGCAGCCCGCUCAGCCCGACACGCUACUCGCGGAUGCAGGAGAAGCAGGAUCUGCAGAAUCUCAACGAUCGUCUGGCGUGCUACAUCGAGAAGGUGCGUCAUCUCGAGACGGAGAACUCCCGGCUGACGCGGGAGGUGCAGACCACCCAGGAGACCGUCACCCGGGAGGUGUCCAACAUCAAGGCUAUGUACGAACACGAGCUGUCGGAUGCGCGGAAGUUGCUCGACGAGACGGCCAGGGAACGCGCCAAGCUCGAGAUCGACACCAAACGCUUGUGGGAUGAUAACGAGGAUCUUAAGAGCAAGCUGGAAAAGAAGACAAAAGAUUUGCAAAUAGCAGAGCGAAAUGCCAUGAUCUAUGAAACACGCUGCAGUGAUUUACAAUCGCAAUUCAAUCAGUCGCAGGCAGAGCGCAAAAAGCUUGCAGAGAAAGAUCGAGAGUCGGAAAAGGAAAUUGAAAGAUUGAAAGCGUUGCUCGACGAUGCUCGGAAGCAUUUGGAGGAGGAGACUCUGCAGCGAAUCGAUCUGGAGAACAAUAUUCAAAGUCUCAAAGAAGACAUCAGUUUUAAAGAUCAAGUUUAUCAACAAGAACUUUCGGAGACUCGUACGAGACGACAAGUUGAGAUAUCCGAAAUAGAUGGGCGCCUCGCGGAACAAUACGAGGCUAAAUUAGCACAGUCGCUACAAGAACUACGCGAUCAAUAUGAGGCACAAAUGCGUGCAAAUCGAGAGGAGAUUGAACUGUUAUAUGAGAACAAAAUCAAGAAUUUAGCAUCUCAUGCACAACGUAAUAGUGGAGCCGCCAGUAUAGCAGUCGAAGAAUUAAGACAGACUCGUUCUAGAAUCGAAGGGCUUAAUUCAAGAAUUAGCGAACUCGAAGCAGCCAACAAUUCGCUUAAUGCCCGAAUCAGAGAUUUGGAGAAUUUAAGAGAAAACGAACGUGCUCGUCACGCGGAAAACUUAGCUGGAUUGGAGGCGGAAUUAGCACGCAUGCGAGACGAAAUGGCUCAGCAGUUGCAAGAAUAUCAGGAUCUCAUGGAUAUUAAAGUGGCACUUGAUUUAGAAAUCGCUGCCUAUCGUAAGAUGCUCGAAUCUGAAGAGGCCAGGUUAAACAUCACGCCUAUGCAAUCGACAAACACAUCUUUAAGUGGUAGAGCAACUCCGUCCAGACAUACUCCUCUUAGAGGUGGCAAACGAAAACGCACCUUAUUAGAAGAAAGUGAGGAGCGUAGCAGUAGUGACUACAGCGUUUCAGGUACUACUAGGGGUGACAUAGAAAUUACUGAAGCAGAUCCCCAAGGACGAUUUGUUAAACUUACCAAUAAAGGCAAUAAGGAAAUAAGUUUGAGCGGCUGGCAACUUAUUCGCAAAGCUGGUACUCUGGAAACAGUUUUUAAGUUUCAUCGUACUGCAAAACUAGAAGCAGGGGCUAAUGUAUUGGUAUGGUCAGCCGAUAUCGGUGCAACACACGAGCCACCAUCUAACAUUGUUAUGAAAGGUCAGAAGUGGUUCAUAGCAGACAACAUGAGUACGAUUCUUUUCAAUAACGAAGGAGAGGAAAUGGCAAUUUCUGAACGCAAGAGACAGCAAUUGUCUACAAGUUUGUCCCGACAUAGGGAAAGCAUAGGAUUUCGUUCAACAGAAGAACUUCAUCACCAACAGAGAAGAUAUCUCUACCCGUAUUAAGGGUGAGGGCACACGACUCUGAUGGGCACUUUAUAGCGAUCCCCAAGGUGAAGAACGUUGCCGCAUUAUGUGAACAUAAAUUUAUAAAUUUAUAAUUAUUAAGCUUAAAUAUACACAUUAUACUCUAAAUUAAUUUUGAUAAAUGAAUCUUGUAUUUUAUAUCUCUGACAUUAUUCUUUAAAUUAAUUUUUUUCUGUCAGCUUAAAUAAAAAAUAUUUUCUCAUAUAUAUUAUGUAUAUAUUGCAAUAAAGAUACAUUAACUUUUUAUUGCAAUAGAAAAAAAAUAUAUGUAUAUUUUCUAUUGCAAUAUUAAUGUAAAAGUUAUAAAAGAUGUGUUUUAACUGCUUUUUUUUUUUUUUUUCCUCUCUUUUGGGACAUCAAAAAAUUGUAAAAGUUUCCAUGAUAAUGAGCUUUGUAAACUCUGUGUAAGAAUUAAUGAGAAUAAAAAAAAUUGUGCCAUUAACACAAAAAUUAAUUUAGAGAAUAAUGUCAGAGAUAUAAUGAGUUCUACAAGAUUCAUUUAUUGGAUGUUUAUUUUGAAGAAGAGGAGAAUAAUAAACGAAGAAAAAGAACAAUAAAUAUAUAUGUGUGUAUAUAUAUAUAUAUAUAUAUAUUGCAGUUAAAACACAUUAUAUAAUUUUCUCUCAUUUAUUGCAGUUGAAUAUAUAUGUAUGUAUAACAUAUAAGAAAGAGAAGAUAUUGUAUAAUAUAUUUCAGCUGAUACGCAAGAAUUCCAAAUCAAACUUAACAAAUAUGUUUCAUAGUACGAAUGAAUAUAUUGCAUUUACAAAUCCAUUUAUUACAUAAGAGAAAGAGACAAAACUGUGCUAUUAUAUUCCGUUGAACUCACAACCAUACAAUGAAUUUAUAGGCGGACAUUAAUGGUAGUAACAUUUGCAUUCAGCCAAUUUCUUCUCCAUUGUUAUGUGCUGCAUAUAAAUGCAUAUUUACCAUCAAGCUAUAAUGCAUCCGUUUAUUAUAUUCUCUUCAAAUUGUAAUAUUGGACAAAUAAUGUUUCGAACGUAUUUUAAUGAUGAUACUUUUUUAAUUUAUGAUAAUAAUUAAGUUACGUUUAUGUUUGUUUAUUGUAUCCAAAAAAAAAUAUUCAAUAGAUUAGGCUGUCAGUAUUCUCUCUUUUUUUUUCUUUUUUUUUUUUUAAUAUGACAGUAUAAAACUAAAACUGGGAAAACUAUAUAUAUAUAUAUAUAUAUGAUAACUGUCAGUUGGAUGAACAGUUUCGUCACUCCAUGUUAUCCCGAAGAAAAGCUUGACUAACAUUCGAUUGAAUGUUAUUUCCAUUUUCCGAUUAAGUGACAUUUAACUGAAUGUCGCAGUUAUAUGUCAAAAGAAUAUCUUCGAUAGCGAAAUUGUGCAUCUGACUGUACACCUGAUACUGCUGCUGAUGUGUGAUUGAUUUUUCUACCGAAAUAAGAUUUCAAAAAUGCAAGAAACAUGUUUGUUCUUAUAAUCGCGCACCGACCUGUGCGUACAAAUUGAUCUUUCUCAAUUGUAUUCAGCUUUAUAUCAUUUAUAUACUAAUAAUAAAAAUUAAAAAAGUAAUCGUACAAA